AUGAUCAAGCUAUUUUCCGCCAAGGACAAGCAAGAGAAGGAGGCCAAGGCGAAGGCCGCCUCCGGGGCGCAGGGGCCGAAACAGAGCCCCGGUGAGAUGCGCCUCGCGAAGGACAUCUCGGAGCUCACCUUGGGACCCACCGUGCAGAUCGAGUUUCCCGACGGGAAGGACAACCUGCUGCACUUCCUCGUCACCAUCAAGCCCGACGAGGGCUACUACAAGGGCGGCAAGUUCGUGUUCACCUUCAACGUGCCCGGCGUGUACCCGCACGAGCCGCCCAAGGUGAAGUGCACGCAGAAGGUGUAUCACCCCAACCUCGACUACGACGGCAACGUGUGCCUCAACAUCCUCCGAGAGGACUGGAAGCCGGUUCUGUCCAUCAGCUCGUGCAUCUACGGCCUGGUUCACCUGUUCAUGGACCCGAACCCAGACGACCCGCUGAACAAGGACGCGGCGAGAGACCUGACGGAGAACCAGCGCCAGUUUGAGCUGAACGUCAAGAGGUCGAUGCAAGGGGGGUACGUUGGGGGACAGUCGUUUUCCUGCGUGACGAGAUGA